AUGACCAAGGAUGAUGCAUAUUAUCAUGACUAUCGGGUUUUCUUGACGGAAAAUCAUCUCUUUCAGAUACCAAUCCGGUUUCUUGCUGCCGAGUCUGAAUACUUUCAAGCCAGGAUGGAUCAGAACGACGGACUAACAGAAGAGAAUCCGAUUCGUCUUGAUUCAGAUGUGUCACCAGAAGACUUUCGACAACUCUUGAGGGUGCUUUCUCCUGCGUUCAAUGCGGAGCCCGAAGUCUUUUCCCUCUCGCAAUGGCUUUCAGUACUCAAGCUCGUGAAGAAGUGGGACAUGGAUGAGGUUCGGGGAUACGCCAUAUCCGCCAUUGAGAAGUUACCUAACGUCGAUCCCGUCGACAAAAUCGUUCUCGCGAGGACAUAUGACAUACCGACUUGGCUUGUGCCAUCGUUCAACGAGAUUCUGCAACGUUCCCAAUCGCUCACGGAGAGUGACAUUGAGAAAUUGGGUAUCCCCACCACUGUGCGUUUGGUAAAACUACGUGAU